AUCUCUAGGAAUUCCAAGAAGUGUUGUUACAAUCCUAGGCCUUGGCAUUAAAAUCAGUUGAACCUUCAGUUAUUGAAAAUUCUCUUAUAUUUUUCCCCUGACAACUUGCACUGUACCUCAGACUGCUUUGAUAGCUCCCUUAAUGGUUGCCUUCAUAUUUCAAAACCUAUGAAAUUACAUAUUUGAAGGGAUUAUUCUUUUUUUUUCCUAUGGAAAGCACACACACCCCAUAAUGCCUUAAUAAUGGUAACCAGAUGGAUUGAGGGGUCUUUGACAAGGGGUUUCUUCAGCUAAUUUGAGAACAUACUGAAUUUCAGCUUUUCUGACUAGUGCAAAAAUGAACAGAAUGUAAAGUGCCCUAUAAAUUUCCUACUUGUGCAAUUUUAAUACUUUCAUCAUAGUCAGAUGAAAUAUAUUUAAAGCCAACUCUCCCCCUUCUCCAUCUGUGAAAGUACAGGUUUUGAUUUUUACUCAGUAAAGUCCAAGAAAAUGUUUAACCAGAGGACUGGAUACUCCAAAGUAGUUCUCACUCCAAAUUCAGCCCGUGACACGUCUGGUCAGUGUAUAAGCUCUGGCCACCUUUAUCACUCUCAGAAGAGUCCAAGAGACUUUCAGGAGCUUUCUUAUCUACACACAGAAUCAUAAAAUAUCAGUCAGAGGGGACCUUAAUGAUCAUCUGGUCUACCUCUCUCCUGUUGUAACUGAGGGAAUAGGUUUUAGGAAGGUUCUGGACUUGGCUAAGGUCACAUUGCACAGUAAGUGGCAGAGUGUAGACUUCAACCACAUUCUACAUGUAAUGUUCAUUUGUUAUGUCACUUUGCCUCUCUCUUCUGCUUUCCUUUUCUGUACUUUCUCUCCUUUUCUUGUUAUGCUUUCCAUUUCCCCUGUCAGAACCAGGUCUUGGAUGAUGAUGAGGUGGGCCAAACCAGAGUGGAUUGGGCUGUGAAGAACAGCCACAGCAAGGUGCAACAGGCAACAGAAGAAAGGUUCUGGCAACAGGCAGCUAAAAAAGUUUGGGUGACAGGUCCAGCAUAAGAUUUGGAAACUGUGGCACAAUUUCUGUAAGUCAUCUGGGAGACAGUUAACCCUUGAGUAGAAAAUCCAUUAUGUUAGAGGAAGCUAAGGCCAUGCGGCAGUGAGGCCCUCACUUCAACCGGUGACUAGCACUGCGCCCAGCAGUAUCUGUUCAGCACUUGCUUCCCGCAGCCUCCUUCUCGGGACUUGCCUGCAUCUACUCCACCCUUAACCUGCUCCACGAUGAGGUGAUGGUCACAGAGCAUAAGAGCACUGCUCUCAUUAAAGCAGCGGGUAUAAAUGUUGGAUCUUUUGGGCCAGGCUUGUUUGCAAAGACCCUGGCCAAUGUCAACAUCGAGAGCCCCAUCUGCAAUGUGGGGGCUGGUGGACCUGCCCAAGCAGCCGGUCCUGUAUCAGGAGCAGCUCCCACCACCUGUACCACGGCUGCCCCAGCAGAAGAGAAGGAGGUGGAAGCAAAGAAGACUGUCUGAUGAUGACAUGGGCUUUGGUCUUUCUGACUAAACCUAUUCUGUAACCUGUUCAAUGAAAAGCUGAACUCUUAACACAAAAAGAUAAAGAAAAACCAGCACAUCAGAAAUGACAUUUUAAUCAUUAAUAAAAUUACUAUUGAAUAUUAAUACACCUAUUACCAUAAUUUGAAUGUGUAUGUGUAUACACAUAAAGUAAGCUUCACACCCAGCAUAGAGCCCAAGGUGAGGCUUGAACCCACAUCCCCGAAAUCAAGAGUCAGACAUGUAACCAACUGAGCCACCCAGGUGCCCCGGUAUUUUAUAUAUUUUUAAAAUUAAAUUAACCAUUAAAAAUGCAUUCAGUACAUUCACAAGUUGUGCAACCAACACUGUUAUGUAGUUUUAAACAUUUUUAGCACUUCAAAAAGAAAUGUCCUCACCAUUAAGCAGAUACUCUCCAUAUUCCUUUUCCUCCAUCCCCCAGACCUAAGCAACCACUCGGCUAUUUUCUGUUUCCAUAGAUCUCACUAUUUUGAUAUAUUUAUUCUAGAUAUUUCAUCUAAAUGGAAUUGUACAAUCAGUGACCUUUUGGGUCGGCCUUCUUUCACUAUAGUGCGUUUCUGAGGUUCAUCCAUCUUGUAGCAUGGACCAGUCCUUCAUUCCCUGGAAUGACUGACUUAUACCCAUUGUAAAUACAAACUAGUAUUUGUUUAUCCCUUCAUCUACUGGUGGACAUCUGUGCCCUUUCACCUUUCACUGCUAUGAGGAGUGCUGCUAGGGAUACUCUUACACAUGCAUUUGUUGGUGUGUCUGUUUUUCAUUUCACAUUCUCAACACCAAUGUACAAAGGUUCCAGUUUCUCCAUAUCUUAACCGAAACACUUGUUAUUUCCCAGUGUUUUUUUUCUUGUUUUGUUUUUUGUUUUUUUUUUUAGUAUUACCAUCUUGGUGGAUGUGAAGUGGCAUCCACUGUGAUUUUGAUAUGCGUUUCUCUGAUGAUUAGUGAUGUGGAGUAUCUUUUCCUGUGCCAUUGGCCAUUUGUCUAUCUUCUCUGAAGAAAUGUCUAUUCAAGUAACUCUGCUCAUUUUAAAGUUAUUUAUAUAUAUUCUGGAUACUAGGUAUAUGAGUUGCAAACAUUUUCUCCCAUUCUGCAUCUGAGUUUCUAAAUCUCUUCCUCAAAGAAACUUCCUAUGAUAUCAAAAAGUUUGUUUUAAUAUUUAUAAAUACUGUUAUCUCAUACCCUUGACACUAUAGAUGUUUGCUAUG